AUGCAUUCAAUCGGAGCGUUACGUCUUGUCUGUUCCCAACUAUUAUUACUUGGGGCACUGGGCAUUCACACAAAUUUGUACGGGAUACAGAGCGCAACUUCUCGGAGGUUUAAUAUGGACAAGGGGCCCCGGCAUCACCUACCUACGUAUAUGAUGCACCUCUAUCGGAAUUUCAAGACGAAUCAAAGCCGACUUAUGGAUUAUAUGGAACAAGAGCAAGCGAAACAAGCGGACACCAUCAAAAGUAUUAUGUCAAAAAGUUUGGCUCAGCAAGACAGACACUGGAUCAUAACAUUUGACUUCAGCUCCUUGCUGGCUGAAAAAAGGAUUCAGGCAGUGGAGCUGAGGAUUAGACUUCCAUGGGCAAAGAAUCACACCAAUAUCACUGUAGAGAUCUCCCAUCAGCAUGACUCCUCCUGCCAAGGACCGGACAUCUGUCUGGAGAACCAGUCAAUUGGAGUUCUCCCAGGAUCUUCCCUGAUCAGUUCAUCACGUCACUGGAGGGUGUACAAUGUCACCAGUUUGCUACUUGAUUGGCUGCAGGACAGACCUUCAUCCAGAAAGAGGAAGCCACCAAAGUCAGAACAAGACAGACAGCAGGUGGAUGGAUCUGCCCAACUAGACAAGCUGAGGCAAGCCCACGGCAGUGGCAGUAAUAGGGCUCUUCUAGUCAUCUUUUCACACACGGGGUCAGAUGAAGGUUCCCAUGAUAAGGCCAGUCUUCUUCACACAGCCGAGCAGUCCAAGUUUUUACUCACUACCAGCAGUAAGGAAGUCAAGAGGACCAAGCGGCACAGGAGCAAGCGUGGGCAAAGGGGCCAACCUGUGGAGAGUCCAGAACUGGCCAAAGAGAAGUCCCUUUGCCGGAGAGUGGACAUGCAUGUGGACUUCAACCAGAUUGGAUGGGGCUCAUGGAUUGUCUUUCCUAAGAGGUACAAUGCAUACCGCUGUGAAGGCAGCUGUCCAAGUCCUCUUGGAGAAGAGUUUAAACCCACAAAUCACGCUUACAUGCAGAGUCUACUCAAGCACUACCAUUCCGUCAGAGUGCCAUCUCCCUGCUGUGCCCCAACCAAAAUGAGUCCCCUUAGCAUGCUCUACUAUGAGAAUGGAGAGAUGAUCCUGAGGCAUCAUGAGGACAUGGUUGUGGAUGAAUGUGGUUGCCACUGA